UUUCAUUUCCCCUCAUCAUGCCUGCUUGACUGUCCGCUAGCAGCUUUCUGGCAUGGUCGAGAAGGACCCGACUUCGCCUGUAUCGCCUCUCGCACCCUUCCCGCCAUUGCCGCCGACGGAGUCCCGCAGUAGGGCACCAGAAUUUUACGGUUUCGUGGCCUGGACAUCCACGUAUCUGUUGUUUUGUCUCUACCUCCUAUGGGCCCUUCUUCCGGACGAAUACAUCAUCUGUCUCGGAAUCUCUUGGUUCCCGAAUAGGGAAUGGGCUAUCCUACUUCCGGCAUACUCAAUGGUCCUAGUAUUGUUGACGUAUUUCACCUACUUCGCACUGGCCCUGUCCGGCACGCCACCUUUCUCUGAUAUCAGUACGAUAACAGAUUCAAGAGCGCAUCUGCCGCCUGGAGGUGGAGAGAACCCAUAUUUUGCUCAUGCAAGGCCGAAUUCUGUCUCGCAGAUGUACGAUAUCCCCAUAGGGAUGGUUAAUCGUGUCAUAUACGGCAGCCGCAGAAAUCGCGCUGUACAAGAGAGUGCGCGGCCAUAGCCAAAUCACGAGACAAAUUGUAUGAGAUAAGCAGCUACCUCUUACUUACUAGUACUACUUGCAGCCAUUGCCAACUUCUCCUCGGUGGCACGCUCGUGCACGAUACAUGGACCCUUUGUCAUCUCGCAUGUGGCCAGCGGGAGCCCCUUCCCACAAUAGGUACCCAUAGAACGUUCGGCGGAUGACACUUUUGCGACGACUGGACAAGACUAGAACCGGAGCCUAUCAUCUGCCAUACAAUGUUCCCUGAACACCGCAUCCAGGAGUCGGACAGUUGCACCUCACAGGGACUACAUCAUUAUCUAUUAUAGCGGACGUGUUAGCAGCGGUAUAGUUACAAAUCGACGACAUAUCAG